UUUAGCCAUCAGCUCUCAGAGCAGCCUUUAUAACAAGCUGUAGCAGUAACUGCUAACAUUUUCUGGUUACCCCUCAGUCUCCUGAUUGUGAUACGAGGCCUUCUAAAAUGUCAGACGAUUUUUCGUUAACAGAUGCCGUAUCGGGCCAAAGUCAAGCCCCAACCCAGCAAUCUGGUGGGCAAUCCUGGCCAGGUGCCCCUUGGGAGGGCCAGAACCCAGCAGCUGGCCAGCAGUACCCAGGGUAUCCUGGUGCCCCAGGAGGCCAGCAGUACCCAGGUGCCCCAGGAGGCCAGCAGUACCCAGGGUUUCCUGGUGCCCCAGGAGGCCAGCAGUACCCAGGGUUUCCUGGUGCCCCAGGAGGCCAGCAGUACCCAGGGUUUCCUGGUGCCCCAGGAGGCCAGCAGUACCCAGGGUUUCCUGGUGCCCCAGGAGGCCAGCAGUACCCAGGGUAUCCUGGCGCCCCAGGGGCCCCAUCUAGUGGACCAAGUGCACCAGGUCAGCAACUCCCUGGACCAGGCCAGCAAUUCCCAGGAUUCCCUGGACCAGGCCAGCAAUUCCCAGGUGCUCCCACUCCGGGAGUCACACCCAGCGCUCCUGGAUAUCCGGCACCUACUGGACCUGUGAGAGUGCCUUAUAAUAUAGCUUUGCCUGCAGGAGUUGUCCCUCGCCUCUUAGUAACCAUUCAAGGCAGUGUUAACCCAAACGCAAAAAGAUUUAACUUUGACUUCAAAAAAGGCCAUGAUAUCGCUUUCCAUUUUAAUCCACGGUUUGAUGAGCGACCCUGGGUUAUUGUCAGAAAUUCAAUGAUUGGUCCCAAAUGGGGAGAUGAAGAAAGGGCUCAGGCAAAGUUCCCAUUUAAUACCGGCCAACCAUUCACGAUUAAAGUGCUUUGUGAACCAGACCAGUACACCGUGAAAGUAAAUAACGAGGACAUCUGUAAAUACCGACACAGAGUGAGAGAACUGAAUCAGAUCAAAGAUCUGAGCGUCUCUGGUGAUAUUACACUGUCUGAUAUCUCAUUUGCAAUUGUUUAAUUCUGGCCUGGGCAUGCAGUCACGUUGAUUGAUAUCUUUAACUGGGUACC